GCUGAGCACGGAGCUGGAGCACAACCAUGAGCAACAGCUCCAACUGCAGCGAGCCAGACCUCAAGCCCUACUACGCCGUCACCUACACGGUGAUCCUGAUCCCCGGGCUCAUCGGGAACACCCUGGCCUUGUGGGUCUUCUAUGGCUACAUGAAAGAGACUAAAAGGGCCGUGAUAUUUAUGAUCAAUUUAGCUAUUGCUGACUUAUCACAAGUGCUGUCCUUGCCCCUGAGGAUUUUUUACUACCUGACGGGCACCUGGGAGUUCGGAGGAGGUCUCUGCAUGCUCUGCUUCUACCUGAAGUAUGUCAACAUGUACGCCAGCAUCUACUUCUUGGUGUGCAUCAGCGUGAGGAGGUACCUGUUCCUCAUGCACCCCUUCAAAUUCAGCGACUGCAGGCGUGUGUGUGAUGUCUACAUCAGCAUCGUGGGCUGGGUUGUGGUCUGUGUGGGCUGCCUGCCUUUCCCGCUCCUCAGGAUGCAGCACCAGGAUGACAAAAACACCUGUUUUGUGGAUCUUCCCAUCAAGAAACUCGACCUCCCCACCUCCAUCACGCUGAUGACCAUAGCGGAGUUGGUGGGGUUCGUGACCCCCCUGCUCAUCGUCCUGUACUGCUCCUGGAAGACAAUCUUAUCACUAAAAGAGAGGCACUCUGCUUCCCGGGACCUGGGCGAGAAGAAAAAGGCUUUAAAGAUGAUCCUCACCUGCGCCCUGGUGUUCCUGAUUUGCUUUGCACCUUAUCACAUCAGCUUCCCGCUGGAUUUCUUUGUGAAAACCAGGCAGAUCCGGGAGGGCUGCGUGCAGAUCUCGGUGUUCCACGCCGUGGCUUUGUGCCUCGCCAGCCUCAACUCCUGCGUGGAUCCCAUCAUCUACUACUUCACCACGGAUGAGUUCAGGAGACGCCUCUCCAGGCAGGAUCUGCAGGACAGCAUCCAGCUCCAGCACCUCAGCUACGGCAGGAAGCACUCCAGGGAUGUGCUCAGCGAGGACACCACGGAAUACUAGAGCUGCCCUUCCCAAACUGCUGCCAGCACUUCCAACUCUCGUUACGUUUUGGCCUUUGACACAUUUUUUUCCCUCAGGACACUGAGGACAACAAUUCAAACUUCUGCUUUUGGUGUGGGUUGGAAUAAAUAAAACCUCCUUCCUCCCCAAAAAAUAUCCCCAAACCUGACCAGGAAUGUGUUGAUUUAAUACUUAAGGUGCAGAUUUUCACUGAACAUAAAUAGGAGCAUUUCCAUUCCUCAGCUGGACAGCAGGAGGUCACAGACCCAUGGGAGAGGUGACACCAGCCCCACUGUCACAACAUGGCACCAUGCCCUGGUCAGCAAGAAACAGCAAAGAUUCUGGGGUCUUGCUGUGCAGAAAGAAUUUGAUCCUAAAAAGUACUGGAUGGCACAAGAUUCUCUGUUUCUGAAGCACGAGACAAUUCAGCAGAGACUGAUUCUCCAGAGAGUGCCCAGAGCCUGCUCCAGCCACGCCGAGCACGGAGUGAGGAGCACAAGGUGGCCCCAAAGGACUUCCCAUUUAAAUAAUUAAUGAAGCCUCAUUUGGGGGUGUAGCAAAUGCCAUCACCCCAAAUCACAGUCAGUGAAGAUCCCACACACUAUUUUUCUGCCAUCAGUUCCCACUUCUGGAUGCAAAGACAAGGGUUAGAGCCAUGCCUUGGGUUUUGAACCAUGAGGUUGUGCUUGGAGGGUAUUUAUUCAAGCCAGGUGUCCUUUGAGCCUUUCAGAUCCUCUUUUCACCAAAAAUGGGGCAAAUUAUUUCCCUUUCACUGAUAAGUGACCCAGGGCCAUCACAUCCACUCCCCACGAACAACAGCAGGAUUCAAACAGAGGAUCCAAACCUUCCCAAAGUUCUCUGUAAUGGGAACUCCCUGAAACAAAACCAAAGGUGCCACGAGAGACUUCUAAGAAAGGCUCAAAGGUGGAUGCUUUGUUGAUAAUAUUUGCUUUAAAUUCAAACCACAGAGAUUUUGGGCUUGACUUUGGUAUUUCAUUUGCACCUUCUUGUAAAAUGUUGCUUUUCUGUGGACAUUGGAAAUGUUACAUUUGUAAGUGUAAAAUACCGUGCCAGUAUCAUUUCUUA